AUGAACGUAAACGGCACCUGCGGCAUCCACCGCUUUCCCAUCGAAACCCUCAGCCAUAUAUUCUCGUUCCUCUUCCCUGCCUCCCAUCUGUGUCUUGGCGCAGAGGGCGGUUCAGACGAUUUCCCUUAUGUGUAUUCCGAUCUUGCAAAUGCCAACAGGGACCUUGAGUCAGCUGUCUCGGUUUGUUACCAGUGGCGCGCAGCUGCGCUGUCUGCCUCAUCGUUAUGGUCCACCAUUACUGCUGGAGGAAGUACAACCCCUGCGAAAUUGAAGAUCUUGCUGAAGCGUUCUGGAGCACACCCUCUCAGGGUAUAUCUCAGCACUCACACAGAGCUCGAGACCUACGAUUUGCUGAACGCAAAUGCAUUUAGGAUCAAGGAUUUCCUUUAUGUGAGCUAUGCAGACGUGGAGACUCGCCUCUCCUGCCUGUCUCGGAUGUCAAACACUGCUCCCAUCCUUCAGUCGUUAUACCUUGGCUGGCAGUAUGAUACUGAUGUGGUCGUCGAUCUCGCCUCACUCUUCGCUGGACAGACUCCAAGUCUUACAAGGCUCCAGGUGGGACCGUGGCAGCCCCCUCCGACGCGUUUCUUAGGGCUCACUCGCUUACGCCUGACCCACCUGCAAGACGAUCAGGACAUGCCGUUCGACUUUCUUAUCGACACAUUACGUGCCAACCCCGCCCUCGAGGAGCUGGUCCUAUACGCGGCCGUCUCGGGGUGCUGUUUCACAUGCUUCGCCGACAGGGAUGGUAUAACGAGGGAGAUGUCUCUGAAUCCCGUCCAUCUCCCUCGACUGUCCUACCUUUACGUUGCAUUCCACUACGCCGCCGAUCUGCACAUCUUCAAUCACUUAGUGCUACCGGAUACCCACGAAUGUCUCGUCGUGGACUCUACAGAACAGAGCGAGGAGAUAGAUGAGUUCUUGCUCCCAUUCCUGAACACCUACGUCGCUACCCUUGGCCAAGUCAGCAAACUGAGCAUUUGUCAUAGAGAGAAAAAGCUGGACCUUCUCUGUAUCAACAAGCGCGGGACCAUCCUGCGUUUUCGCGUCAACCCUGCCGCCUCCGCGAACCCUCCUGCUUUUCACGGGAAAAUCUGGGAUGGAAUCUUGUCCCGGCUCUCGUUUGAAGACACAACGGAGCUGUGGAUAGAGUCGGAUGUCGGGAUCGUGCUCUUUAGCGAGGUAACAUGGACGGACGUUCUUCGCGCCAUGCCAUCCCUCCAGACCCUCUGUGCGCGAGGUGACGUUGUCAAUCCCAUUCUACAAGCUCUGCCCGCCAUCAUUCCCGAUUCGCGCACUUGUCUAUCCCUCAUCUGCCCGAAGUUGCAAACACUCAUCAUACACAAUGAGCCGGAGAUCUCGAUACGUCACUUUGAGAUGUUGCUCCAGUCUCGGUUCCAGUUGGGCCAUCCCAUCCCCGACUUGCGCAUUUCGUUCUUGGAUCCCGAUGUGUAUGAGUAUUCGCUGCGGGAGGAGCUCCGUGCGCUUAAGCGACUUCGAGGAAUAUUUGGUAUUCAGCAGGUUCAGUUGGACUUGAAGUUGGAGGAAGACCGUCUAAGAAUGUCGGUGCCGUGGAAGCAUUUGCUGAACGUCCAAACCGAGUUCGGAUAUGAUCCCUCAGUGCACCCUCACUUAGACUGA